AACUCACUUUUAAUCUCUCACUAGGUGAAGUGUAACGCAGAUCUCCUGAGAGAGAAGGACAUUUAUUUCUAAAGCUUUGGAUUAGAGUUGACCACUGUUUUACAAUGCAGAUGGGGUCGUUUUCUCUCACCACAUCUAUUUGGCAACUGUUUGGAUUUUGUUUCCUGUACUUCUCACUAGUUGCAGGUACACAAGCUGAAUGUCCUGUUCAGCUCAGCCAGAAGAGUGUUGUUGUGGAGUACGGUGGUUCUGUUGCAGUUAACUGUAGCGCUUCUGUCCCGCAUUAUGGGAUGGGAUGGGAAGCCAGUGAGGGAGGAGUGGAAAAGACCAGAGACAGUGUGGUCACAUGGAGAGUGUCAGAUCUGAGAGAAUGGGACAUAAAACCAUUCUGCUACAUAAACUAUGACAUAACCCAUGAUACACUGUGUGAAGAAGAGCUCCCAGUAACUGUUUACAAGACUCCAGACAGUGUGUCCAUCAGCAUUGUGAAUCACACUCGACCAAUGAUGGAGGGAGAGCAGUAUGAGCUCCAGUGUGAUGUUCAAGAUGUGGCUCCUGUUCAGAAUCUCACUGUGAAAUGGUACAAAGGACAAACUCUGUUGAGUCAAACCAAUUUCACUGAUACCAGCAGGACUCCAGUGAAUGAAGUCGCCAAACUCCUGAUCCGUCCAAACAGAACUGAUGAUGGAGCUCAAUUCUGGUGUGAAGCAAAGCUGGAUCUGGGAGCAGAAGGACCUCAACCUCCUCCAAAAAAAACAUCAGAACCUCUCAGCAUUACUGUACACUUUAAACCGAUCAUCAGUGAGACCAAACUACCCUCCAUAGUGACUGUAUUUCGAGGCUAUCCAGUGGUGCUUGUUUGUGAAGCCGAAGGAAACCCAAAACCAAAAAUCAGCUGGAGCCUCAGUGAAAAUGUAGAUGGUGACAAACUUACUGUAUCAGAGUCAACACCUGAGAAUGUGCACUGCAAUGCAAGCAAUUCUGUUGGCACGACCACCAGACAAGUAAAAGUGUUCAUACAAGAGGAUUACCUGCCCUUAAUAGCAGGACUCAUUGCAGUCGCCGUGGCGUUCAUCUCAGUCAUCUUCAUCUUCAUCUACUCUAUCUACUACAAAACAGCCAAGAUGGGACGUUAUAGCCUGAAGGAUGCCAAGCCUAGUGUGCAAAAUGGAAACAUAUAGCACAGAAUGGCAAACACACAACAGUUUCACAACAGUUUUCCAGGCAUCCCUCCUCCACCCCUGCUUCUCCUGGGAUGCGGUGGAGUUCUCUGGAAGUUCGGUGCCCUCCCUUCAGACGCCAUGUCAAAUAGGCAUACUGUUUGCUUAAUCUGAUUAGCAGUGGUGGGCUUAAGUACAAUUUUCAAGUAUCUGUACUUUACUGGAGUAGUUUUAUUUUAAGUAACUUUCACUUUUACUUCACUACAUUCCAGAUCGUAAGAUCGUACUUUUUACUUCACUUCAUACAUAUCGUUACUCCUUUGCUACGUUCUCUGAGACGCAGAAGCGGUAUCUGAUUCAUAAACAAAUUGAUUCUUUUCAAUGAACCUGUUAAAUUGAUUCGCCAAUCGCACCAAACGAUUCAUUCACUAAUUGGAAUGAUCCGAUUGCUGUUCUCGAGUCGACAACUCAAUGAUUCAAAUGAUCCGUUUAGAGCGAGUCUCCAGUCAACUGAAUUCACAAGUAAGAAUCGGGAGAUCUUGUGCGCGCAUGCGCGCGACUGUUGCUACGAAAAGUAAGUUACUAAUGUCGAAUUUUAGGAUUAGUUAUUGUAACUGAAAAUCAUAUUUAGGUCAAAGCUGUCCGCUGUUUGUGAAUUACAUCUGCUGAAAAGGGUGAUCUGUUUCUGGAAUGAUUGAAUUCAGACACAUCAACAUCAGCGUCUCUGUUUUAGGUCAAAAACGAUAAAUGUAAAUAACAGAUUAAAUAAAAUAACUCAUGCACGUUCAUAUUCCCCGCUGCUGUAACGUUAGCAGUUUAUUAAAAUCUGUUUUUAUAUUGUUUAGCAACAGUAUAAAUUUUUCUUUUGGGUCAACUAGAAUAGACAGAUAUGAUGUUUAUUCAUAACCAUACUGAAAAUAAGUAAAUAUUGUUAGCUGAUGCUAACUGUCUAGCUAACAAGCUAGCUGGUGCUAAGUUGAGGUAAUUUUUAGAUAUAAAGUCCAAAUAUUUUUAUUUAACAUCCUAGAUAGAUUACAUCCGAGGGAAAAAGAAAGGAUGUGAUGUUCAGAACAUGGUAACUACAGUAAUUAUUGAAGUGGGAAGUGAUGCCCUGGGGGCAUUUGGCCAGGGGUGUUUUUACACAGACAAUGUUUGAAAGGAAAAAAUCAUUAUUAAAAUAUAAUUAUAUUUUCCUUAAAAUGUUCUUGCUAACUUCAGGUCUUCUCCUGUCAUAUAUAACUGUGACGUUAUGCAAAACAACAAGCUUUAAAACACUUUUUUCUUAUUGGUGAAAAUUAAAUGUUCAAAUCUGUUUUCUCUCAGGUACAUCGCAGUGUAAGCUUCACACUGAAUAUUACUACAUCACUCUCAUCAACAUAGUCCAUAUCAACAACAAAAAUGUAUUUUUACUCCAUAUAGUGGUUAUUUUGAGAAAAUCCCAGGUAUUUUGAGCAGUAGGAUUAUAAAAAUAUGUGCUAAUAUAAAAUUCAAUUAAGUAGCCUAUAUACAAUUGCUAAAUAAAUCUAUCAGUACUUGUUUACUUAAGUACAUAAAAAAAUCUGGUAUUUUUGUACUUUCACUCGAGUAAAAUUGAAAGAGGAGCACUUUUACUUUUACUGGAGUAAUAUUUUAUUAUAUGUAUCUGUACUUUUACUCAAGUACUCAACUUGUGUACUUCGUCCACCACUGCUGAUUAUAUCUAAGUGCGAUUUAUGAAAGACACCAUAGUUAAGUGUUAGUUCAUUAAAUUAAUUGUGUUUAAAGUUUCAAUUCCUUUGGUGAAAUCCGCACUUUAGAGGUUGUAAAUAUAGCACACGGUGACUGUGAAGAAGUGAAAGCUUGGGUAUGUGGUCUCUCAUGCUGAACCUGUUGGAAAAUAUUUGUAUGAGUUUAUAAAAAUUCUCUCAGGCCUCAUAGUUAAUGAAAAAAAAUGAUGUUUAACAUAAAGUAGGUGUGCCAGUUUUAUGGCUCAAGCUGUAUAAUUAUGUUAAAAGCAUAUAGUUUAACCAAAAAUGAGAAUUCUGUCAUCAUUUAGUCACCCUCAUGUUGUUCAGAAAGCUGCAAUCUAUUGUUGCUUUUUUCAUUCUAUAGCUCAUAGAGGCACAGUGUAUGUAAAGCUUAAAAAAAUCAUCAUAAAGUCAGCCCACACAACUAUGCAUGUUUUGUCUAUAUUCAGUUUGAUACCUGUGGUCACUAUCAAGUGCUGUUGUAUGGAAAAGCAUUUCGUAAAGAUUCUUUUUCACAUUUUUUUCAGUUCAGACAUGAGGAUGAAUAAAUGACAGAAUUUCCAUGUUUGUUUGAACUAUCCUUUAAAUCAUGUCACUGAAUCUCUAUGCAUUUAAUCUCUAUAUGAAUGUAAUCUCACCUGUAUUCGAGUGAGUUUUACAUUUUAUGUCCUUAUAAUUACAUGACAUUGGAAUAUGAUGAUUUGAAUUUGUAAAUGAAUUUGUUAAGAACAUUUGUUUAAAAAAAUAUAUAUAAUAAAAGGGAAUAUUCUUUUCACAG